AACGAACUAACAGUUCAGAUAGAUGGCCAAAGGGAAACCAUGGCAACUGCCGAACCUACAGUGAGUUAGGCCACUGUAUAUUUGACAAGACUACAAUUUACAUCAGCUGCGGACAUCCCAACUGACGACAACAGCUUCUACCUGUCUAGCAUGCUCCACCUGGCUGGAUCGAGACUGCUGCUGACUGACUUUCACAACAGAAAGGUCAAUGUGGUGGACAUGGACACAAAUAGCCAGGUUUCCAAGAUCGGUGUACCAGGUAAUCCGUGGGACAUAUGUCUUCUACCUGGAGACAGGGUGGCUGUUUCUUUGGCCAGUAAUGGUAUUCAGUUCCUGGAAACUCGAGAACAAAUCGUUCUUGGUUACCGUUUAUUAGUGGAUGGCGACUGUCGAAGUAUUUCUUACCAUUCAGAUCGGUUGAUAGUGUCCUACUUCGAUGGAAAGGUAACGGUACUGGAUAUGAACGGGCAUGUUAUAAGAGGCAAACGUAGGGAAAGCAGUAGACAAACCGUGUUUAAAAUGCCCCUCAACUUAACUGUGGUGUGUGAAAAUUCAACUGCUUUCAUAUACGUAUCUGACUAUAGAAAGAACACAAUCACAAAACUUGACAUGAACCUUAACAUCAUGAAGACAUUCCAGGACCCUGCAUUGAAACACCCACAAUGUAUCACUGCACUCGGGAACGAACUUUUAAUCUGUGGUUCGCAAAGUAACAUUAUGAUACUUGAUUUGUUCACUGGUCACAUGACACAACUGAUGGGGGAGAAGGAGGGGAUACGAAAACCAAUAUGUGUCUACUACUGUCUGCAACAGAGGAAGCUUCUUGUCACUGGACAAACGGACAGUGCAGUAAAGGUGUACAAUAUAAUCGAAUGAUGCCAACAAAUCGAGUAAAAUGGCUCGAAAUAUCAACUUAUUGUUUGAGAAUGUUACGUCAUUUAAAUGAAUGUAUUUGUAUUGAAUACCGGAUCGUUGUAGGUUUUUUAAUAAAGAACACGCAAUCAAUAUAAUUUGACGAUGUUUCUUCUUUUGCAUUCAAA